AUGAGAGGUGUACCAAACCAUGACACGCGUCUAUUAAACGAUAUCAAAAGUUUCCCGGAGUUCGACUACGAGGCUUUGGCACGGUCGCUGCCGGCUUCAACUGGCGCGGUUGAAUGCACUUCUGUUGCCGCACCGGAGGCAGGAGAAUUGUUUGGUGCUUCAAAACCAGUUGCUGAACUACAUCCAUCAGAGUCAGAGUUCUGUUCUCCACUCGACUACGUCGGUCAGGUGGAGGUAGUUGCCCGAGACACCGGCGGUGUUCUCGUCGUCCCUCCGGAGCAGUGGAAAUGUCCGACGGUAAUAGACACCACGGUGUUGAGUCUAGUUGGCCGGGAACAGCCGGAGGCUCCUCUCCGGGACUCGGGCAAGGGCAGCAGCAGUCGAAGCAAACGACAUGUGCAUGUUGAUUUUCCGAAAUCGAUUGUGCUGUCGUACGUAUUUGUGAACAAAAAGCCUGUCGAUCUGCUGUUGAUCAAGCAAUGGAUUAAAUUGUGCGACGAACGGGGAAUGUCGGACGCAGAAAUGUGGUCUUUGGCUGCUCAAUAUUUCAAACUUGACGUGAAUAGCUUGCAAAAAGCGUACGCCAAGUAUGAUGAAAUGGACGAUGCGCCCGUUUCUCGUUCACGGCAUUCUUCCACGCCUUCCCGGACUAGCAAACGGGUGAAACGACAGGCGACGGGGCCUCGGUGCAAAGUCUGCAACCAGGACUCCACGCCAUUCAUUACUUGCUUCGUGUGUCAGUCAAAAUACCACUACGAAUGCCUUGACGCGCCUUUCGCAGCGGUGACAGACACUCGUCGAUGGCAAUGUAAUGUUUGUCUCCCAGAAAAAUGUGUCGUAUCUUGGAAGGAAGUUGAUUAUCAAUGUUUGUCUUCCUUCCAUCGACACGCACUUGAUUCUUAUGAUGAUUUGGCUGGUUACGAACAUCCGCAAGACGAUGGAUUACAGUGCUUGCCGAAGGUUGAGCAGGUCUUUUGGCGAGCAUUACAAUCUGGCGCUGGUCGUCAGGAAGCACCUUCUAUUCCCCGAAAACCGUUGCGGGCGAUAGCCACUGGAAAAAGUGGCUUUCCCGCAACCCGUCAGCAACCAUACUUUCACGAUCCGUGGAACUUGCAUCACUUGCUUUAUUCCAAACAUUCCGAACAAUUUUCUUAUACUGGAUGGAAACAGGAUCCCAUGUCGAUGUUUGCUUUGCAUUAUCACCAUUUCGGUGCACCUAAAACUUGGUACAUUAUAGCUGAUGAAGAUGCCUCGAAGUUUGAGGAUCUUCGGUACCGUUUAGCCCAAAAGGAGCUUCAUCUCGAUAUAGAAUUACUUGUGCAGUCAGAAAGCCUAUUUGCCCUGUCGAUUUUGCGGGAAAACGGAAUUCGCAUUCACCGAGUAGUGCAACAGCCGGGUCAGUUUGUCAUUACUUAUCCGCAUACAUACUAUUCUACUGUGAGUCAUGGCUUUAACUUAACGGAGACUCUCCCAUUUUCCACAAAGGAGUGGAUCACAGAGCAGUUUGCACAUAACGCAUUUGAACAAGCGAAACAGUUUCACAUUCCAGCACCGUUUUCGAUGGAUCAUAUCCUUCUGGCUAAUGCAACUCUCGAUAAGAGUGUGAAAACGGCGCUGUGGCUCCAAUAUCCCUUGAAGGAAAGAAUAGAUCGGGAGCUUUCUUCUCGAUCUGCUUUUAGAAAGGACCACAAGUCAGUUGUAUGGAAGUCAAUUCCUGCCAAUGCGUCUGUCAUGGCCUGCUCCUUCUGCAAAACCUUCGCUUAUCUCGCGGUAAUUGAGUCGAGGGUUGGUGAUAUGUACUCUUGUAUAGAUCACUGUAAUGAAGUCUUCUCAUGUUCCGACAAAGAACUUAUUGUAUAUGCUCGUUACAAGGACGAAGAUUUAAAUGCUGCCUAUGAUCAAGUAAUCAACCGAGCCAUAAAAAAUCAACUUUGGCUGAAAAAGUAUGAGCAAAUUAAUUCUUCUGAUGAAAAACCAGCAUUGAAAACACUGAAGUCUCUUCUUGCAGAGGCGGAAUCAAUGUCUUGUGCAUUACCAGAAGUGGAUGAGUUUCGGGAACGUUUAAAGGUUGCACAGUCGUGGGUUGACCAAGCUCAUGCACUGCUGCGCAAAAAAUCUGUCGUUCGGAGAGAUAAACGAAAGUUAAAAAAGAAAGUAUCGACAUCGUCUCCUCAGAGUGGAUCUCCAUCUCCUUCUGAGUCUCCUUCUCCCACCCUUCCCGUUGAUGAAUCUGUAUUAUUGUUUUCAUUGGCAGAAGACUCAAAAAAUCUUCAGUUUGAGUGUCCGGAAAUUCAUGAAAUUGCAGAAAAAGCAAAUGCGGUUCGUGAUUUUCAGGCCAAAGCAAGAUCGGUGAAACCGAACGAGCUUACAUAUGAAGUGUGUAGUUCAAUUCUUGAAGAAGGUAGAGCUUUACAGUUGCAGCUACCACAGCUUUCAUUUUUCGAACGGAAAGCGGAACAGUUGGAAUGGCUUGAGAACAGUAAAAGCUUGUCACCGGAAAACACUUCACUGGAGGAACUGACGAUUGCUUAUGAACAUGGCAAAACUGUAAAUAUUUCACCAGACAAUGAGCAAUUGUCUAGACUUUCUGAAUUACUUGAACGAUCUAAUGACUGGCAGCAAAGGGCUGAAACUUUAUUGAAACAGGACGUGUUACCUGUUACACAAUUAGAUGCACUGGAGAAAGAGGCGCCUCACGUGUGUGUGAACACAGAUAUGUUAGAAAGGAUCCGUGCCUCUUUAAAAACUACUCGUGCUUUGCACUCACAACUCAUAGAGAUUACUGAAGCUUCGCAAGAUCCCGACUUUUACAAACGGCCGUUUGUUGAGAACGUCAAGGCUGUGUUAGCCAGUGCAGAUGAUUUACCUUCGAAACCUGAAGAAUUUAACUUGGUUAACAAAUUACUCACCAAGACGUACGAGUGGGUGCGAAAGGGAAAGAAGUUAUUUGGUAAGGCCAAUGCACCGUUGGAGAUUUUCAAACAACAUCUUGAAUUUGUUGAGCGUCGUGAUACUGUUGCUAUGGCGGAUGAAGGUGAGGACGCACCAUUCCUUGUUGGUACGGAUGUCCCUUAUUCCACGACAGGCGAUCGGUCGUCCGUUCAUUACUGUUUUUGCCGCAUGCCAGAGAGCGGAUUGAUGAUUGAAUGUUCCUAUUGUCACGAAUGGUACCACUGUAAAUGCAUGAAGAUGUCAAAGAAAAAAUUGAAGGAGGAUGAGAAGUUUGUCUGCCCAAUUUGUGAUUAUCGCGUAGAAAUCCCACGACAUUCCAAUCGUCCUCGUUUGGAAGAACUUGCUUCUAUGGUUGAUGAGGUGCUCAAUUUGCCAUUUCAACCCAUAGAGCUCGAUUUGUUGAAACGUGUUGUAACCCAGGCAAAGGAAUUUCAUGAGAAGGUCCGCGCAGUUGCGCUAAACUCUUUAGGAUUAACUUCACAGGACUUGCCUCUAAUUCGUUUUUACCUACGUAAAAUGGAAGGAGGUGAAAUCUUAAUGACUGAAGAAACAAAUAUAUUUCGUCAAAAGCUUCACGAACUUGCACCUUUGGCUCCUACUCCGCCUCCGUUUAUUGGAGAGAGCAAGUCUAAUCGUAAGCCAAGGCCCACGAAAAGACAGCGCGAGAUCAUGGAACAGGUUGCGAGCGGAAAGUUGACUUCUGCUGAAGGUGCGGCUGCCAUUGCAGCUACACAAAGCCGUAAUCAGUCAAAGUCCGUCUCGAGUACGAAGAGCGUUAAAACUCUUCAUCAACCCCUUUCUCCUUGGACAAUGAAGGGUAUAGCCCAAAAUGCCUUGUUUGGUAAGAACAUACCUUCGGCUUCGGACUUGUUAGUCUCUUCAUUUUCAAGUCUUCGCUCCACUCCUUCUGAGAUGUCUACUGUUUCUCCAGCGCUAACGAAAGCUUCAGCAAUGCAAAAUGCCAUGUUGUCAGCAAAUCCCAUGACUUCUGGUGGCACUUCAUUUUGUAUUUGCCGUCAAGCUUUUUCCAUAUCUGACGGGAUGGUUCAGUGUCAGUCGUGUUCAGAAUGGUUUCACUAUGACUGUGUUGGUCUAACGGCAGCUAUUGUUGCGACCAUUGUAGUUUACAUGUGUCCAAGUUGCUGCACGCAGGUUGGCAAGGCAUACCCAUGGGAGUGUCAACCUAGAUCAGUCAAUCUUUCUUGGGAAAGUGAAGUUUAUCCGCCUAGUGUAUUGCAAGGAACAACAGAAAACAUUGCUGUUGUUACUGGUUCAUUAGAUCGAGCAUCGAAUUUGUUUGACCAGUUAAUGCCGACUGAGAUGGCUCAGUUCACGAGAGACAACAUCCUUCAGGACAAUCGGCCAGAUCUGUUUACCGAAACUUAUCUGAACAUUUAG